UACAUGCGAAUGUCAAUCAGGAUGGAGAGGAAAUUCACAAUGUUCUGCUACCAGUUGUGAUGCUCUUUCUCAAUGUAAUGGAAAUGGAAAAUGUAUUUCUAAUAACACAUGUGAAUGUAAUGAUGGAUGGAAAGGUAAUAAUCAGUGUUCUCUGUUUACAUGUGAAUUAUUGAACAAUUGUAAUGGACAUGGUUCAUGUAUAUCCAAUAAUUCAUGUCAAUGUAAUGAUGGAUGGAAUGGAAAUUCUCAAUGUACUCAACAUACAUGUGAUUCAUCUAAUAAUUGUAAUGGACAUGGUUCAUGCAUUUCCAAUAAUACGUGCCAAUGCUUUGAAGGUUGGAAAGGAAAUGUUCAGUGUUCACAAUUUGAAUGUAAUCUCCUUAAUAAUUGUAAUGGAAAUGGUCAAUGUAUUUCUAAUAAUACAUGUGAAUGUAAUGAUGGAUGGAGAGGAAAUUCACAAUGUUCCGUUAAAAGUUGUGAUUCACUUAAUAAUUGUAAUGGAAAUGGAAAAUGUAUUUCCAAUAAUACGUGUGAAUGUCAAUCAGGAUGGAAUGCAAAAUCUGAUUGUUCACAAUUUGAAUGUGAAUUAAUGAAUCAAUGUAAUGGAAAUGGUAAAUGUAUUUCCAAUAAUACAUGCGAAUGUCAAUCAGGAUGGAGAGGUAAUUCACAAUGUUCUGCUACCAGUUGCGAUGCUCUUUCUCAAUGUAAUGGAAAUGGAAAAUGCAUUUCUAAUAACACAUGUGAAUGUAAAGAAGGAUGGUCUGGAAUUGAUUGUUCUCAAUUUACAUGUUCAUCCUUAAAUGAUUGUAAUGGAAAUGGUCAAUGCCUUACUAAUAAUACAUGUCAAUGUGAAUCAGGUUGGAAAAACAAAUCUGAUUGUUCACAACAUUCAUGUGAAUUAAUGAAUCAAUGUAAUGGAAAUGGUCAAUGUAUUUCCAAUAAUUCAUGUCAAUGUAAUAGUGGAUGGGUGGGUUUAGAUUGUUCUCAGAGGAGUAUUCUUCCAACAAAUUCAAUCAUUAUUCCCAAGACAAGUAAUAAUUCUAUUGUAGCUGUGAAAAGUACAAUCAUUACUCAGAAGAGUUCAAAUGUUUCUCCAAGAGAUUCAGAUAGAACAACUCUUAAUUAUGGUAUUAUUACAAGCAGUCCUUCGAUUAUUCUUCUCAUUAUAAUCAUCAUCACUGUUAUGUCAUUAAUAUGUACCUAG